AUGCGAUUCUGUAGACUUGGAUUAUUUAAAUAUAUUGGUUCACCAGCUCAAUUUCGUGGUUCUGGUGAUGCGAUUUCAGCUAGUUUUGUACUGACAUAUACAGUCGGUGGUGAACCCAUGAAGGUUCACUGUAUUCCUGGGUACAUAUCGGCUCUGUACCUAAUUGAAUACCCUAAAAAGGAAAAGAUGCUGCUUCUUGACACUGGAUUUCCUAGUGAUUUAGAGCGUAUUCGAUUUUAUGUGGAAGAAGUAAUGAACUCUGAUAAGGUUGGAAAACAACGAAUGGAAGAUAAAAUUCAAUUAGCUGUUUGUACUCACUCUCAUGUUGACCAUGCUGGAGCUUCUAUCGGUUAUGAAAGAUGUGGUAUUCCAGUUGCUCACCCAUUAAAUAUAAAUGAAUAUUACAAGGGUAUGAAAAGUAGUUUUAGACAACUUGUUGAGAUAUCUUUAACCUUUUUUGCAGCUGGUCGUUUGGGACGCAAAAAACAUGAGAACGCAUUUCUUUUCUCUAAAGGAUUGUUAGGUCCAUAUUGGCAAAUGCCUAGUAAAGGACCCAAAUUGGAUGAUGGAACACCACUUCCAUAUGGUUUUGACGAUUGGGUAGCAAUUAGGUGUCCUGGACACACUUCCCAUAUGAUAUGUCUUUAUCACCCACACUCACAGUUGUUUUAUAUCUCUGAUAUGUUUGUACAGACUAAAAAGGGAUUUUUCCCUCCUUUUACGGUUGACUCCACUUUGGCAUACAAUCGUAGUCUUCACCGUCUACGAGGGUUACCUGUACGUUGCGCUUUACUGGCACAUUUUGGGAUCAUAGACGUUGAUGAUAAAUGUGGUUCAUGGAAUGGGUUAAUUGACGAUGUUGUUUACAAUUUCACAUCACCUACUUCCAAUGGAUCUCAUUUUAGCACAAUCUCUUCUAUGAAGAAGAUGGUACAUACUUUCACGAGCGAGAAGGUUUCUCCAGAUGUAAUAAUUCCAUCUAACAGCUUUCCGUUCAAAGUGGAGGAUGGCACUGAUCUUCCCCCAUUAUACAUUAUGAAUAAAUGA